GGCGUUUCCACGUUUCAGCAGCCGGUGACAGAGCGAGCCGGACAGCGGAGCAGCACACGGACACAGAGAGCUACGGAAAGAGUCACGACACCUUCCUUUUUACCCCUUUUACCAUUUUCUCUUUUAUUCUCUCCAAACACUUGACUGACAGCUCCUCUACACACCGUGUCCCCCCCCUCCCUCCAUCACGGCCUCGUCUCAUGAAACACUAAAAAAAAAAAAAAAACUACAACUGAACAACAAGAAACCGACAAGAGUGGACUUUUUCUCGUUUCCUUUGCAGAACGUUUUUCCUCUCCAAAAAAAAGAAGCGACAUUCAUUCCCCCCCCCCAACCCCCCCACAGAGCUGUUUUUCUGUGACAUCCAGAGGAGAUUAUCUUCCCGUAGACACUCGCAUCUCUCCCUGUCUGUAGCUGACUCAUAUUUGCUGCGCUCAGGACCAUGGCGGAGUACAGCUCUCUGCUCAGCGACCUCUCUGACAACAUCACCAACGAAGACUUGGAGCAGCUCAAGUCGGCCUGCAAGGAGGACAUCCCCGAGGACCAGAGCAACAACAUCACCUCGUCCAAGGAGUGGUUCAGCUACCUGGAGAAGAACGACAAGCUGGCCCAAGAUAAUCUGUCGUACAUCGAGCACAUCUUUGAGAUUUCACGGCGACCGGACCUGCUGACGAGGGUGAUCGAGUACCGCACCACUGUGCUGAAGAUCUCUGAGGACGACGAGAUCGACACCAAGCUCACACGCAUCCCCUCAGCCAAGAAAUACAAAGACAUCAUUCGCCAGCCCUCUGAAGAUGAGAUCAUCAAGUUGGCCCCACCCCCUAAAAAAGUGUGAGGUGAUGACCCCCAGCCCUAAUCUUUGCACCUUGAUUGCUUCACUCCUGGCACUUCAAUCAACCGACCAACCGUUUCUGACCAACCCUUCACACCCUCGCCUCACACUCACUACACACACACACAGACACAAACACAUCCAGUCACAAAACCAUGGGAAAUACCACCUACAAAGCAACCAAUCAGAGAGUAACGACGCAGUCUCUUCCCGAGACGAGAGGAGACGGGAAGCCUCGGGGGGGAAAGACAGUAGAAGAAGAAGAAGAAAUCUGGAGAGGGAGCGAUAGUGUUUGUGUGUGAGGAGAGAGCCAAUGUGGACCCUCCCUCGAUUCAAAGGCUGAGCGGGUCAGUUCUGAAUGAGUGUAAUCUGUUGACACUGUUCAAUCUGUGAUGCUGUUUUCAUCAGAGUGUAUGUGUGUGUGUGUGUUGUUGAAUGUUCAAACAAAUAACCAUGAAGUACAAUUUUUUUUUUGCCCAUGUAGAAGAUGAACCCUGCCCUCAAAACUUACCCUCAAACUGAAAUGGGGAAGUUUUUGAAGAAAGUCUGAAAAUGUGAGAAAGCUGCUAGUUAACAAUGGAAAAUAUUUAACCAUGUAUUGUAUGUACAAAUAUACAUAUGACUAACACAACUUAGCAGAGCUUAAUAUUAAUAAUGCAUUCAGUUUUAUUGGGCAAAUUAGUCUAAAAAGGUCAAAAUUGAGAUAUGACAUCUUCAUCUAACGUUAGUAAUGAGUGAAACAAUUUUAAAUCUCACACCUUUGACUUAUGUGUUUUGACGAGGGUGCUUGUUAAGGGUUGUUUAUUAAUAAGUUGAAAGAAGGUAGUUGACAUUUUGGAAAAGAUAGCUUAUAAUUAAAUUUAGCUUGAAAAAGAAAAAACAGAAAAAAGAGCUUAUUCGAGUUCGUAUAACUUAUCAAAGAUGGGAAGAUGGAUAUAAAGUUCAAAAGGUAUGAUAACUAAAGUCAAUUAGCUGAUUAGCGUAGCUCAUUAGAGUCUUUGAAUGGGGAACAGGUGGAACAGCUAGCUAGCUAGCCAGCCUUGUAUGUAUGCUUUGUUUUUAACGUUGUAGAAUCAAAUAAAUUACAUAUGUUAAUUUGUAUUGUGUUAUUGUAUUGCACAGUUAUAGAAGGCGUAUUUAUACUUUUAGACACAACUAGGCUACACUGUUUUCAGCCUUUAUACAAAACAAAGCUAGCAGGCUAGGCUAACCCCUUUAAUUUUUAGCAUACAAACAUGGGAAUGGUAUCCAUCUUCUCAUCAAAGUCUCAGCAAAAACGCAAAUGAAACAGUUAGCUUAAUUAUCUACCUAGCUACAAUGAGUGCAUUGUUAAUUACAGUACUACAGUUAUUAAAUUACCACCGUAUCGCCUCUUUUGGCUACAUUAGCAUGGGGCUGUAUCUGAAACAAAACCUGGAAUGAAACUGAAACGUCAGGACAGUUAGUGUUCCUCAGCUAGAGGUUCUUUCACCAUUCCCUUUACUCUUAUGCAGAUGAUUAUAUCAUGUUCAAGAGCCAAAUAAAAAAGCCUGAUAUUUUAGAGGACGAUAUUUAAAGUUGAUUUUGAAUAAGCCAAUAUUUGCCUUCAGCUUAUGAGUCGUAGCAAGAGUUAUUGAGAGAAGCUAUUUUGAUGGGAAAGUUAUGGACAAUAAUUCUGAAGUCUGAUAUAUAAGUUGACUGGAGAUGUAAAUAUACAAAUAAUAUAUUACAGGAAAAGUUAGCAUAAAUCAUAUUUUGACCUGCGGCUCUAACAGCAAAUUUCCACGAUACGUUCAGUUUCACCAUGUCUGAUUUUUUGCCUCGAUUUUAUCUAAUCUGAAACUACUCAGUGUCUGUGACGGAUAGAGAUGACAAAAAGAAUAUUGAGAACUGAAACUACAUCUACUAUGGACUAUAUUAAAGAAUAUAAAAGUAUAUUUUGAAGAAAAGCAUAUUGGAUAUAUAUUUAGCGUGUAAAAUGUCUGUUUACGUGACACAUAAAGAGACACUUAACUUUAUUUUUUACCCCUUUGUUUCCAUUUUAUUUGGUUUCAGAAAAAAAAAACUGACCAGCUUGGAAAGAGGACAAACUUAGUAAGUUGGAGUUGGCGCAAAUCAAAGUAUCAGCAAUGUAAAAAUGUGAGACAGAGUACUUGGCAUGAGGUGAUAAAACAUGUCCUUCAAUAAACUGUACAUACAACAGAUUAUAACAAAAAUCUGCAAUGAACUCAGCGGCUAACAACCCACACAAACUUUUCCAUUCCCGCCAUGCAACAACAUAAAAAGCUAGCAAGACUGUUGAAACUAAACUAUAAUAACCGCUAUUUGAACACUGUGUCUCUUUAUGCUCUGCGCUGAAGCCUUAGCAGACUUUUUGUUAACCCCAAAAUUUUUCCAAACUGUGACAAACAAUGUGUGAAGCAGAGACCGAUGCACACACACAAACGCCAAGUUAAUCAAAACUCCCACUUUUAAAGGAAGGGAUGCUUCUUUUAUUACAAAAUUUGCUAAGGACUUCGAUGUUGGCGUGUACAGAAUGUCUGUGGGUCUAUUGCCCCCAUCUUUGGUGUGAUUAACGCUGUAGGAUCAAAAAUUGACGACAUCGUAAAAAAAACAGUAUCAGUGUAUGACUGAUCCAUUUCCCCUCGUCCUGCUGCCUCCCCUCCCCCACCUCAUCACAAUCCAACCCCAGUGCCAACGACCAAGACUUUUUUUAUUUUGUUAACAGAUCCCGUGAUCUGUUUUUGUUCUUUUCUUUUGUAUUGCUUGACGUAUAUUGUAGUGUUGGACUGAUUUGUAUCCUAUGCAUUUAUGUUUGUAGGGAAAAAAAACUGCACUGUAACAUAUCCUCCCAACAAAUCACUUAAUCUAAAAAAAAAAAAAAAUCUCCAUCGUAAACGCAGGGUGUUUUUACAAGAUUCUUGUGUUGAAUCUGCAUGACUGAUAUUCAUGGUUGGGUGGCACUUGGUAAGAGGUAUUUGCAAGUGUCAGGAAAGACAAUACAUUGAAGGGUAAAAAAUAGUUAGACCAACUAUACUGUACAACUCCCAUUCUACUGUUUUGCAAGCAAAGUCUUCAGGUAACGAAAACAUUCAAUAGACCUUUAAUGCCUGCAAUUACAUGAGGACAUUUCAAAGUUUACAAAAAGUGGACAUGUUUCUUUGCAUAAAACAUCAAGUUAAUCUAGGCCAGAUCAAGCUUUUUAUAGUACUGUUAAAGGAAUAGUCCACCCAUAAGUACUUAAACACUGCUAUGGAACAGAGAACACUUUUUAGUCUAUUGGUUUAUCCAAUGACGAUGGACUGCUGGUGACUUGGACCACCACUUUUGCCAGGCCUAAUAUAUCUCAACAACUAUUUGAUUUGAUAUCAUGAAGUUUGGUGCACAGAUUCUUGGUCACCAGAGCAGAAAUCCUGAUGACUAAGGGAUUACCUGACUCCUUCUCUAGCGCCAUUAACUAAGGGAAUGUCAUAAAAACUUCUUCAAAACAUAAAAGCACCUUCAUUGGGACAUUUUUUAUUAGUCCAAUAAUUAGCUUGAAGCCCAACUCACCCAUUUGCCUAAGUACAGCCCAUAACCUGCUAAUUUAGUGAGUCCAAAUCUGACUUUAGUUACGUUUUUGUUUUGUUCUUCCACAACGUUAACCGUCCAAUUGUUUUCUUAGAUAUACAAAGAAAGGGCUACUUUUAAACGCAGUGUUAUAAAGAGAAACAAACAGGUAGAAAAUACCCCAAAUCAGGCUGAAGACCUAAGACAUGCUUAGUUUAGCCCUCUCUCCCUAAAAAAAACUUCUGGUAUCUGCACGAUUCUUCCCAGAUUUGUAAUUUAUUACAGUGUUUACGUUUUUCUGGGUGGACUUCCCUUCAGCGUCCAGACUAGCCCUUGCUAGGCCUGACCCCAAGAGAAGCGGUUGCUGCCCUCCUGUAGCUCGAGCCUGUUGAAAACAAUAUGGGACCACUGGAUUUAUUCCAGAGCUGAAGUUAAGAGUAUUAAGAGUAUUGUGCAGGGGGAGGCAGCUAUACUUACUGCUAUGACCUGUGGGUAAUGGUCUUUCUCAGCGUUAAAAUGGAUGUGAACAUCGGCCAUGACUGUAGAUUUUUAGUAAAGACGUUUGGUGAUUAACAAACCAAAGGGUUUUUCUUUCCAGAUGUUAGCAUGAGUUUUCAUCAUUAUACAAAAUAUCAGCAAGGGAGGAUUUGGGCGAUUGUAUCUCUUUUUUGAUCGUUUUAUUUCCUUUUUAUUUAAAGUGCUAUUUGAAUCGUAUCCUGUGAAUUUAGAUGUAUGUGACCAAGUGACUUUUUUUUCCCCCUCGCUCUCAGAAUUUCAGUAGGCAAUCGAGUCCUGUUAGCAACUUUGUGGUAGUUUGUCAGUCGCUACUUUGUCCGAAAAAUCAGUAUACAUCAAAAAAAGAAAAAAAAACGUCUGUGUGAUGGCCUAGAUGCUCUUGGUUAGCAGCUUAUUCACUGGAGUGUGAAGAUUUCUGUAAGCAUCGAAAUGCAGCUGCAGUCCAUUAUUUUGUUUUCACAUCAACCCCCGGUUUCCUACUCAUCUAAUAUCAACCCCAAUCAGAAAUUCAUCACCAAACAGAUGUUGUAUUUGGCAUUGCUUAUCGUUUACUCUGUUGGCACAUAAUAUAUCAACAUAUCAGCCACAAAUGAUGUCAAAUUUGGAUUUCCACGUACCAAGUACAUAUCAACCAUACGAAAUGCUGCAAAAGGAUAAACCUUCUAAAAUAUGUUUAUUAAUGAUGAAUACCUGAGUAUAACUAACACAUAAUAAUAUGAAAUAAAAGACACAUAUUGUGUGAAGGUAAACAUCAUGUAAGUCAUGCUAACAGUCGAUUCAAAUUCAUCCAAACAGAGUAUCAGUUUCCCUUUAGAAAAGUCUGUUUUCUUUUUUUCUUUUUGAUAGGUUGUAAAUAUGUAUUUUGAAUAGAUAUCACCGUGUUUGUUUUGAAAUUGAUUAAUUUAUUCAAUGCUUAUAAAAUUGUUGAUUUGACAUGUCCUGAUUUUGUGUUACUAACUGGAAACAAACCUUGGGGGAUAAAAAUGUGUUGCUUAUCCAAUAUCAAGCAUCCAUGCAUCAACACUUUUAUAACUUAUGUUAUUCUUUUCUUUUAUGUUUGGCUGUUUCGGCUUCGAGUGAUGAUUUAUUAAAAAAAACAAAAAGUGAUAUUCAUUUCAUUGUAUUUACGGAUAUGUAACAUAUUAUGUUUUACUGUGUUGUAUUUGAUCAGAUGUGUCGUGGUCACUGCUUGUAAAAUGAUUUUAUUCAGAGUUUCCAAAUCAUGACAAAAGGUAAAAGCAGUCGCAAAGUCAAGACAGACAUUUUUUUUGUUAGAGACGUGAAUUUCAGAAAAUUCAAAAAAUGUUCACCAAUGAUUUACAGGUAACAGUUAUUUUUGACACAUCUUUACCAAAAAAAAUGAAUUUACUUAUCAUUCUACUUACAAAGAAAUAACAACUUUGACUGAAAAAUAGGUAGCAUUAUAGUUUUGCAUGGCAGCCUUAAGUCUUCAGUAGGCUAUUUGAGAAAUAGAUUCAAGAAUUAGCCAUCACAUCAUAAAUCAGUUGUGUAAAUUAUGCAUUGAGCAAAGAGCUACUGAAUUUAGCCAGUUAGCUCCUAUUAGCUAAAGCAAAACAAUGUAAUUUCAACUGAACCUAGUAUUUUGUAACUGUAAACAAAGCCAAUAUAUACAUAGUUAGUUUAGCAUGGAUUUAUUUGGCACAAAUUCUAAAUGUUGUUCCAUAUCAAUGGAGUUGAACUCAGUAUCUUUCUUUAAAUAAUGUAUGUCUUUUUUGGGCUUAUUAAACUUUAUAUCGAUUCCCAUUAUUAGCUCAUUUAAUUCCCAAUACCAUUUGUUAAAUACUGAACUCUUAAGGCUCCAUAGUUUCAUUCGAUUUCUUUUCUUUUUUAAAUUAAGGUGUUAGUGAAUAGGAAAAGGUUGUGUGGAUGACGUGAUAAAGAGGUGGGAGUAUCAGUGCUGGGUCGAGUAAUGUGAGUAGUUAAGAUGAAGCUCUAACAGAUAAAAUGUAGAGGCGUGAACAGAGAGAAAUAUGUGCUGUAGGUUCAGAAAUUGGGAUUACAUCUCUGUUGUAUCUGCAUUUAGGUAGUUUCAUUUUGAAUGUGGCGAGUCUUGCACAAGAAUGUUGUACAACUGAGAGAUGUGAUUAAUGGUAGCAGAGUGUGUUGAUGUUGGGAAUGCUGAAUGUCUGCUCGGUUUUAUGGGGUGAAGUUGUGCAGCAAUGUCGUUUUUUUUCUUUGCACCCUCAGCCUCAAAGGAAUUGUCUGUCACCUUAAGUUAGGCUUUCCUGAAUAUUAUGCACAAGCUUCUUAACCACACCUAUUUAACUUUCUCAAGAGCUGCACAGAAUUUAAAAAAAAUCUUUAAUUUUGAGGAAUAAAGUUUACAUUUCAUGCACAAUAAAAGCACCACAGGUGAACGUGCCAACUUGAUUCAGUUGCAGACUGCUGGGGUGGAUGGACUUGAAAUCAUGCCAUGCUUGACGUUUAGUAGUUUCUUAUCGUGUUUGUGUUGAACAAUCUUUAUUUCAUAAAAUCCCGUUUAUGUUUGUGGCUAGAUCGGUGAUUCUUGAAGUGUGUUUUUCAGUAGGCGCUUUUUUUAAGUGUCGUGUUUGCAGCGCUAGUCUUUGAAAGAGGAGGUUUAAUGUAAGGCUGAAGAAAAAAACAUUCUUGGAGUCCGGUUUACAAUUUAGAAGCAUCCUUCAAUUUGACUCAGCAGGGCGAAGUUUAAAGUAAGGAGAGGUUACGCAAACGUGUCAGACAGAACUUGGAAAAGUCGUAUUAAGUUUUUAUUUUUUACUAAUUAAUGGCGGUGUUUUCAACAAUGGACUGAUCUAGUCUUUAGAACACUAACCUCUGAAUUUUCAUGACAUUUAUUUCCAAUUUCCGAUUAAAAUUCUUAUUUUCAGAAGCUUGCUCAAGUUUUGUUCUGUUAGCAUUAGCCACAUUUGGAACCGGCUAGGAAAUAAGCUAAUGUUAAUAACACAACGGCAGGUGUGACAUGUAGAAGUCGUACUUUUCAGAAGCUAGCUCAAUGGUUGACGGGGUUUUUUUGUUAGCAUUAGCCGAAUUUUGAACUAGUUAGAAGGACACAAGCUAAUGUUAACGCUUCAACAGCAGGUGUGACAUAACACUCAAUAACCUGAGUUACUUUCCUUAGAAGUUGCCGUGUGUCAGUCACUGCCUUGUGAGUCGAACAGUGGGAUGUUAUCUCUUGUAUUCUGACAGAUAAUGUUUUAAUGUGUUUCUUCUUAAAUUGGUGUAGCAAGUGACAGGUGUGUGUUUUCUCACAGGGUCAAUCCAUCUCUUUAGUUAACGCCUCCUUAUACAAAUGUAAUCAUUUAAAUAAAGGCCUGUACGAGGAUGCAAACAGUUGAUUUGGUUGGAGACAAUGAAUUGAUCCUUUUCAUCGACAGUGACAGCAUAACUGAAGAGGUUUUGGAGUUUUUAUUUUUAUGUUUUUCAGCUCACAACACAACCCUGUUGGACGCCAUUGGGCUCAAUGCUGUUCGAAAUGUUUGCUAACGGUUUCCUCUCAUGGGGCGAGAAGUACUUCAGAAUUGAUUUAACAAUGACUGCAACAAAAUAUGAUGUGAGGUAUUAUUCAAAACCAAUAUAAAAGGUGUGGCUUUUGUCAUGAUUUAAAUGGGACUGAAUUGAAAAUAUGCCAUUUUGUCAUUGUGCUAAAAUGAACAUAAAUAUUAUAUAUUAAAAUAUAUUUGCUAACCUAA